AUGCCCAGAUUCUUAACCGUUUCUGAAAUGCUUAGUGGAAUGCCAUUAAUUUGCAGAGUUGGCAGUGAAGAAAAGUCAAGUAAUUUACGAGUAAACCUGGUGCCUAUAAUCAUUGCUUGUGAUUUUUUAGGGUUUAUAACAAGUCCUAUAUCAAAAUCAAUGGAAUUGAAGGCACUACUAAAAUCUAGCAGUACAAGUACCGUUAAAUAUUUUUGGUCUAUUCCGCACCGGAUAUCAUCCGUUACCUUGAGGAGAGCAGUAGUUGUACUGUGA